UAACCCACACAGGUGUACCAUGGGCACCACCCAAGAUGCCCAGGAGCGGCCUGCUCUGGGAAAGAUAGACCGUCUCCCACCUGUGCAUCUGUGUGUAUGAUCCUGUGUGUGCGCGCGCAGCCUUGGCACCAACUCCAUAAAUACCCGGGGCACAAAGGGAAGGCUGUCCAGACAAAGACACUCACCAUGGGGCGCCUGGAGCUGCUGGUUGUUGGCCUUACCUGCUGCUUGGCAGUGGCAAGUGCUGCGAAGCUGGGCUCUGUGUAUACAGAAGGUGGUUUCGUGGUGGGCGUCAACAAGAAGCUGGGCCUCCUGGGUGGUGACUCUGUUGACAUCUUUAAGGGCAUCCCUUUUGCUACUGCCAGGACCUUGGAGAAUCCCCAGCGUCACCCCGGCUGGCAAGGAACUCUGAAAGCGAAGGACUUCAGGAAACGAUGCCUGCAGGCCACCAUCACCCAGGACAACACCUAUGGAGAUGAAGACUGCCUCUACCUCAACAUCUGGGUCCCCCAGGGCAGGAAGCAAGUGUCCCACAACCUGCCUGUGAUGAUCUGGAUCUACGGAGGUGCCUUCCUCAUGGGGUCUGGCCAUGGGGCCAAUUUCCUCAAAAACUACCUGUAUGAUGGGGAGGAGAUCGCUACACGUGGAAACGUCAUUGUGGUCACCUUCAACUACCGUGUCGGACCCCUGGGCUUCCUUAGCACCGGGGAUGCCAACCUUCCAGGUAACUAUGGCCUUCGGGAUCAGCACAUGGCUAUUGCCUGGGUGAAGCGGAACAUCGCUGCCUUUGGGGGAGACCCUGAUAACAUCACCAUCUUUGGGGAAUCCGCUGGAGGUGCCAGCGUCUCUCUGCAGACCCUCUCCCCCUACAACAAGGGCCUCAUCCGGAGAGCUAUCAGUCAGAGUGGCGUGGCACUGAGCCCCUGGGCCAUCCAGAAGAACCCACUCUUUUGGGCCCAAAUGGUUGCUAAGAAGGUGGGCUGCCCCACAGAUGACACCAGCAGGAUGGCCAAUUGUCUGAAGAUUACCGACCCCCGUGCCCUGACGAUGGCCUACAAGAUGCCCCUGAGGGGCCUGGAGUACCCCAUUGUGCACUAUCUGGGCUUUGUGCCUGUCGUCGAUGGAGACUUCAUCCCCGAUGACCCCAUCAACCUGUACGACAACGCUGCUGACAUCGACUACCUAGCAGGCAUCAACAACAUGGAUGGCCACCUCUUUGCCACCGUUGACAUGCCAGCCAUUGACAAGACCAACCAGGAUAUCACAGAGGAGGACUUCUACAGGAUGGUCAGCGGGCUCACUGUCAGCAAGGGGCUCAAGGGCGCCAAGGCCACCUUUGACAUCUAUACUGAGUCAUGGGCCCAAGACCCAUCCCAGGUGAACAAGAAGAAGACUGUGGUAGACUUGGAGACUGACACCCUCUUCCUGAUACCCACGGAGGUAGCUCUGGCCCAGCACAAAGCCAAUGCCAAGAGUGCCAAGACCUACUCCUACCUGUUUUCCUGCCCCUCGCGGAUGCCCAUCUACCCUAAGUGGAUGGGGGCCGACCACGCUGAUGACCUCCAGUAUGUCUUUGGAAAGCCCUUUGCCACACCCUUGGGCUACCGGGCUCAAGACAGGACCAUCUCCAAGGCCAUGAUCGCCUACUGGACCAACUUUGCCAGGAGUGGGGACCCCAACAUGGGCUACUCUCCUGUGCCCACCCACUGGUAUCCUUAUACCCUGGAGAAUGGCAACUACCUAGAGAUCACCAAGAAGCUGACGAGCAGUUCCAUGAAGGAGAACCUGAGGGCCAAGUACCUGCGGUACUGGACCCUGACCUAUGAGGUGCUGCCCACGGUGGACAGUGACCAGGCCACCCCUGUCCCCCCCACGGAUGACCCAGAGACUGUGCCCCUGCCCCCUGCGGAUGACAGCCAGGCUGCCCCCGUCCCUCCCGCAGGUGAUGCUAUGGAGACCCAGAUGCCUGUUGCCAUUGGCUUCUAGUGUCUUGAGAGCCUUGACCCCAAGAGACCCUAGCAUGCGCUCCAGCACCCUCC